CGGAGGGCUGCAACCCAGGGAUGCUGGCGCGGCGCGGGGAGGCAGCGGCCACACCCCGGGGUCCAAUGCGCAGCUUUGGGGAACACGGUCGCCAGUUACUCCGGAGGGGGGGUCCCCGGGGUGGGUGCCCAGCCAGCUCUUGCCCCUCGCGGAGUUCGUGCUCGCGGGUGCCCGGGCCUGGCGGGCCUGGCGGGGCCCGGGAGCCAGGAAGUUUCGCAGCUCUCAGCAGCAGCAUAGCCCGCAGUGGCCACGGGCAGUUCGCACGCACCGUGCGCUCUCCCGGCUCCUCCCGCGGCGCUGUCCUCUGCCGCCCUCGACCUUUUGCACUCGUGACUGUCUGGCCAGGGGGCCUGGCGGGCUGCAGCAGAUGUCUGAUUUCCUGCAGCCUCCUCUUCCCCAGGACUGCCCAGGUCUUGGCGGCGGAGGGUGGCUUACCUCCCAGCCGUUCCUUCAUGGGCUUUGCUGCCUCCUUCACCAACAAGAGAAAGGCUUACUCCGAGCGUAGGAUCAUGGGAUACUCCAUGCAGGAGAUGUUCGAGGUGGUUUCCAAUGUCCAGGAGUACUGUGAGUUUGUGCCAUGGUGUAAGAAGUCUUUGGUGGUAUCCAGCCGUAAAGGUCACCUGAAGGCCCAGUUGGAGGUCGGCUUUCCACCUGUCAUGGAACGUUAUACCUCUGCUGUUUCCACCGUCAAACCUCACAUGGUCAAGGCUGUUUGCACUGAUGGCAAGCUCUUCAAUCACUUAGAGACCAUUUGGCGAUUCAGUCCUGGUAUUCCUGCCUACCCCCGAACUUGCACUGUGGACUUUUCGAUUUCCUUUGAAUUUCGUUCUCUGCUGCACUCCCAGCUGGCCUCCAUGUUUUUUGAUGAGGUUGUCAAAAAGAAUGUUGCUGCCUUCGAGCGCCGGGCAGCCACCAAGUUUGGUCCAGAAACAGCCAUACCCCGUGAACUGAUGUUCCAUGAGGUGCACCACAGUUGAGGCAAAAGACUGUUCCUUAGCUUCUCCUUUACUCUCCCUCUCCACCCAAUUCUUUUAUUUAUUUCAAUGGACUCCUGCCCCAAUCUGAGAUAGAGUCUGUGUUUAUAAUACUGUUUUCCCUCAGUUCUCCAGAAAGCGGGCUCUAAGCUAGCUGGAAAUGCUGGGGGAAGAAAAGGCAGGGGGUAUGGAAGGGACACAUGCUAAGAAAUGGUCAGGCUCAUCUUGAGAGCCCUAUAAGCCUGAUGCCUGCAGCCUUCUCACACUGAAUUAUAAUUAGGACUGUGUGGUUAUCCCUGAGCCCUGUCAAGGUACCUUAGUGUCUGACCAGGGAAAAUAGCAACUUUUCUUAAGGAUUGAAUAAAUUGAGCUUUUUCCUCUACACAGAGGAACUGGAUGGUCAAUUACUUUUGCUUGCUUGAAAUGCCUCAGGGGAUGCUAGAGCUCUGGCCACAGCUUAAAAUCACAUCACCUCACUUCUAAGAAUAUUUCCAUGCUAGUGGAGAGCCUGGGGCUUUCUUAUCAUCAGUGCCACGGGGUGAGAAAAAAAAAAAAAAAAAGCACUGAACAGAGUUAUACUUUUGGGAUGUACCGUAUUCUUCCACUUGGCCUGAGUUUUUAUAAAAUGUCAAUAAAUUAAUUGUGACAAUGUGAA